AUGGUGCCCAGUGAGAGUUCGGAAACAGACCAAGGAAAGUUCUGCAAUGUUACUAUGAGGACAGAUUCACCCAAAAUGACAGAUGUGGAGCCUGUGGUCAGCAAUUUUGCAUCAUCAGCACGGGCAGGUCGCCGAAAUGCUGUCCCAGACAUCCAGGGUUCAACGGCUGCAGGCGGGACCUUGGAGGAGUUGCCCGUCAAACUGGAAGCCCUAUCCGUGAAGGAAGAUGUGAAAAAGAAAGAUGAAGAAACAGCACAAGAUCAAUUGGAAAAGCCCAAAGAUGAAGGAAAAUGA